UAGGAGACAGUUGGAAUUGGAGUACCUUCCACGGAGCAUACUGGUCUGCCGCCUAAAAGCAUGAAUGCACGUCGUUAGUUAACGAUAUAUCGUUUUACUAUUGUGGUUAUGUGACGUGUGACUAUUAUACAUUUUUUUUUGUUAUCUUGUAAGGCUUGAUAACUAAAAUUAAAUUAGAUGACUAUGUAAACAAUUUAUUUAGUGAACUAAUGGACUAUAUUUCCUGUACUGACGCGUGGAAGUCGAUGUCUUUCAAACGUAAACAUAUUGCAAGGCCGUGGAAUGCGGUGAGAACAGGCUCGUUACCUGUGGACGGGUGAAUUCUGCUCACCUGACUGCAGGGCCGUCAACAUGGUGGAUUUCGGCAACUCCUCCAAAAACCGUUGGGUCUGUCCAAAUGACAGGCAGUUAGCACUGAGGGCAAAGUUGAAGACUGGCUGGUCUGUAAAGACUCAGCAAUUGCAGUCCUUUGGCGGACGCCAGGACUCAACACUGGACGAAACUGAACAAGCAAUUAUUAAGGAUGUGAUCAGGAGAGCCGAGAUGCUGGAAGUGACGGAACAGGACCGAGUCGGACGCCUGGUGGAGCGGCUGGAGAAUAUGAAGAGGGCUGCAAUGGGGAACGGUACAAACCAAUGCAUUCUCUGUGGAGACAGCUUCGGUGUCUUGGGGGCGGCUAGCUUCAUCUGCCACGACUGCAGGAAGGCUGUGUGUCAGAAGUGUGGGAUCGAAACAGUGUCUUCCAAGAAGGAACCCAUCACCCUGUGCAAGAUAUGCUCAGAAACCCGAGAGAUGUGGAAGAAGUCUGGGGCUUGGUUCUUUAAGGGUUUGCCAAAGUAUGUCCUGCCUGAGAAAAAGCGCAGCUCUAAUGAUGGGAGGUAUAGUGGUAGGAAGUUGCAACGUCCAGGUCUCGAGAAGAACAGCUGGUCACGGGGCAGCGGCGGGCGUGAGUACCUCCAGUCUGCCAACACCACAACAUCAUCUACCAAUAGUACAACAUCUACACUUAAAAGCACACCUGCUGGAUCAAAAUUGGUUUAUAGCAAAGGCAGUGGUGAACUUGAGGAAGAAAGCAGCUCAGAAGAUGAAAUAAACAGGAGAGCUCGUCAAGCAAGGAGUCGGCGUCUUGAUGACACUGAAACAGGAGGCCGUCAUCACAGUCUUGGAAGACAAGUAAGUUGUGUAACAUUUGACCCAAGCCUUGGACCACUGUCUGGAUCAGGGUCACUUCCCUCCCAGCGUUCAGAGUCUCUGUCCCUCACAAGUGAUGGAGAAAUCCCAGGGGAUAUUCACUCUUACAGUGAUGGUGAGAAGCUGGGUCACGUUUCUGGAAAUGUGCGAGACCACUGCAGGAGUCGAGAGAGUCUGGAAUCAUCUAUGAACUUGAGUAGACAACCAAGUUGCAACAUGUUAGAUCUGGCCCACAGCCGAACUCUGGAUGGUAGUCAGCCACACAUGGAUCAGUCCUGGGACCACCGGCAGAAUACUUUAACAGACUUGGAGACGAGUCCCUCAUUAUACAGCCACUAUGUGGCAGCCUCACCUCACUCACACAUGCGUCGCGACUCUCAAGGAUCAAAUAUGUCACGGGACUGGUACUGGUCAGAGGACAGAACAUCACUUUCCAGUGGUUCAGCAAGUGGCCAUCGAACAGCUAGCAGCAGUUGUGGUGGAGUGGAUAUGGCUGAGGACAAUGUUGAUGCAUCAUUUAUGGAAAACACUGUGAACCUAGGUACACUAGAACUGACUCUGUUGUAUAAUCCUAUGAAAGCUGCUUUGACCUGCUCACUACAUCGUGCCAAGGGUUUAAGACCUAUGGACAUCAAUGGCCUUUCUGAUCCCUUCUGCAGACUGACUAUAUUGCCCACAGGAGGCAAGUCAAAUAGACUGCGCACAAAAACAGUUCACAAGACACGGAAUCCAGAAUUUAACGAGACGUUGACGUUCUAUGGAGUGACAGAUGGAGAUGUGAGGAGAAAGAUAUUACAUAUUCUUAUUCUUGAUGAUGAUAAAUAUGGCCAUGACUUCAUAGGUGAGGCUCGUGUUCCUUUGAUACAUCUGAAGCCACAGGAACCUAAACAUAUGAAUAUCUACCUGGAAAAACAUUACCCGGUGGAGGAAGAAGAUGAGGUGUGGGGAAAUGAUACAUGGACGCGUGGACAGAUCCUAGUAACAUUGUGUUAUUCAACACGUCGGCGGGCGCUUGUGGUGGGCAUCGUACGUUGUGUUAAUCUUCCGCCAAUGGACAGCAAUGGCUUUUCCGAUCCUUUUGUCAAACUGUAUCCAGAUCCUUUCCACCGUAAAUAUAAGACUUCAGUGAAGUGGAAGAACCUCAAUCCAGUGUUCAAUGAGGAGUUUGUUUUUGAAACAAAGAUGACUGAACUUCCAAAACAAGCAUUAGAAAUUACAGUUUGGGAUAAGGAUUAUGGAAAGAGCAAUGAUUAUCUUGGUGGCUUGCAACUUGGAUGGCACUCAAAAGGAGAGCGCCUGAAGCACUGGGUGGAUAUGAUAAAGUUCCCUGAUCACAAACAUGAAGGUUGGCACAACCUUGGAGAAGAUCAGCUGUCUGAUUAGUUCUCAACCCAGGAUUAUCAAGAAAUGAAACUAGAAUUCUAAAUACAAGCGCCUGCAUAAAGAAAAAUAUAGUAAGACACUGGUUUCCAUUGAGUUCCUUGGUUUGUCAAAUAUAAAAUAAUUAAAAUACUGUUAAAUAUAUUUCAGGCAAACUGCACCCAAUUUAGAAUACAAUUUACCAUUUCUGUAAAUUUUAUUUUAUUAGUAUUUAUAUAAUAUAACCUGUUGAAAAGUUAACCCUUUCAGUGUUAACCUAUACAUAUUCUCAGGCUAUGCAUGCUGACCAUAUUGUGUGCGUAACAUUAAUUUUAAUGCCUAUUUUAGGAACAGUGCUUAAGUUAACUUGUUUGAAUCUGAACCCAGAGAAAUGCCAGGUCAAAGUUGAAGCCCUAGUUAUGAAGCAAGCUUAUUGUUAUUGUGUUAAUGAAUCAGCCAAAUUACACAACUUAGUAGUGGAGAUGGGUAAGGUGUUUGGAGAAAAAUCUAUCCCAAUGUCACCUUAUCCAAGACAAAUCUCACAGUCACUGCACUGGAAUUUAAUUAAAGUCUCCACCACAAGAAGCUGAUAUCUAACUGCUUGAGUUAUGGCAGAGCUCCUAGUAAUAAUACUGUAGGCUUAUGGCAGCUGACAUAACAUUAUAACCAAGGCAUGCCUUUCUCUUCAUAAGUGAACAGAAGAAUAUUUAUAAGUAGUCAGUUUAUUUUCCAGAGACAGCUUUUGUUCAGGUUACAGCAUUGAAAGUGUUAACACUUGCUUGGAAUAAUGGUGGUGGAUCCAUAGGGAAAGGUGGGGUGGGGGGGUGGGGCAUGAGCUUGCUAAAUUGUUGGACAUGAGGCAGACUCCACCCUAGAAACUUGAUAAAUUAUGCACAAAAUGAAAUGCUCAUAACAGACCACACAGAAUAUUAUAUUAUUCUAAUUGUAUUCCACUAAAACCAGUUGGGCCCAUAUCAUUUAUUAGGACAGAAACUGAACAAAACUAAACACAGCUGUGUAGAACACAAACGCAUGUAUGGAUAUCAGCUGGUCUGAUGAAAUCUCAUGAAAAGACAGAUAUGGAACGCUGGUAUUUCAGUGUUUAAAUUGCAAGAAGGAUGAGAGUCUUCAAUGGAGUUCAAACAUUUGUCAUCUUCCCUGUCUGUGUUGCCCCCCCCCCCCCCCCAUCAGACAGUUCCACCAUCCUGAUUUAAGGCCAUAUAUAAACAAUUCCUACAAGGAUGUAGGUGAGUGAAAAAGAAUUAUAAUAUAUUUUGUUUUAAUUAGAGUGUGUAUCAUCCAUAUAUCACAUCAAAUUUUUCUCUUCAGGAAACAUAACAUAUCAACUUCGCCUGGCCAAACAUUUCAGGAAUACCAGAAUUUCAGGGUUCUCAGAAUUUGUCCAUUUGUAUUUGAAGUAUUUUUUACAUCUCUGUAUAUAUUUGUUUUGUAUAUUGCUUUCUAAUGAGAAUUUUCUUAAGGUAGCGCUUUUCACAUGUCACAGCAAGUGACAAACUGGUUCAGGAAUCUCAUAAAUGGGCUCCAUUCAUGUAUCAAUGGUUCCCAUAACUUUUGUAUAGAAUGUAAUUUAUUUUGAAAUUGUAAUAUAGGUGUGUGAAAUGGAGAAAUUAAUUUUGUCAUUGUUGUUGUGUUCCCUUUAUUGGAGUGUAUUUCCUUCUUCAGGUGUACACUGGUGUUAACAUGUGUAUAGAGAAGGGGUGAUAAAAGUUUAUUGUAUCGAACAGGUAGGUGCUGGAAACCAUUUUAUCGUCCUACAAGCUAUUUUUAAUAUGACUACUUACCUCUUUUUAACUUGUCUAUUCAUAUAUCCUAUCUGGUCUACUGAUAUCUCACUGUUCGUCCAUGUUACAUCCAUGCGCAUUCUUACAAAGCUUUGCCUACAUUCAUUGACUGAACUUUCCCCUAUGGGAGUUCUCAAAUAUUGUAUGUUUUAUAGUCAAUAUCAGAGCAUGGUUUUCAAUUAUACCCAUUUUAGUCAUUAGAUUAUCGCUGAAGGGGUGACAGGAAGAGGAGUGGUAGCUGCCAGGAUGUUGUGUAAAUGCGCCACUCUGUGCAAAAGAAAAACACAUAGUGUCUAUAGUAAUUCAUCUAACAGUAAUUAUUAAAGGAGUUUUGGGUCAAUGUUUUCUAUUAAGUGGAUAACUACCAUGCCAAACGAGGGUGCUUUCCACAGCAAGAGGCAUGGAGUGUGUGGUUAAAAAAACUGAUGCUGACAUUAUGUUUGUUGCUGUUUUUUUAAAUCUAUAUUAUUAUUAAAUGAGCACUAUGAUUGUUAUAAGUAUUUUGGCUUUGGUUUGAUUGCAUUUGUUCUGUAUUAUGUAAGAAUUAUUUUGUCUUCCCUGCAUUGUGGUUUCAGUUCUUAUCGUAAAAAAUUAUGUAAUCAAUUAAUAUAGGUUUCGUGAAUAUCUGUGUAAUAACAAAUAACAAUAUUUCAUUAUCAUAUAUAACCAUUUAGCUCACCCUGAAUACUGAAUAGAUGUGUUUCAUUUAAUUAGCUCAGCAACACAGUAUUAUUCUGCAAUUAUUUUUAAAUUCCAUAGGUCCUGACAUGUUCAGGUGUGUCAUUCAUUCUACUAAUUUGAUCAGUGACUGAAGAAAAAGAGAGGAAGACAUCUGGUUUAGAACUUUAUGAAGGUCUAAAAUUGCCAAACAUUUGUUGAAAAUAAUUAAAUGUACAAAAUCAAUAAAGCAAGAAAGGAAAAGAACUUACUGACAAAGUCCAUUAUGAUAUAUAAUGACUAAAGUUUAUGUUACCACAUUUACCAAACAGGUUGGCUCAGAUGAUGACACUUCUGCCUUUUAUUCAGGAAGUGUCUGGUUUGAAUCUCAGCCAUGACACUGACUACCCUGACUGAAGUUCUUUCUGUGGUUUACCUCAUUCUGUCCAGGCAAAUUGGAGGAUAUUACUUUAAAUUAGGCUGCAUCUGCUUCCUCUCAUAUCCAUUUUAAUUCAUUAUUCACCAUCAUCCAGUCAUUCAAUGUUAUAUAUUCUGAGCUACUGUGAGCAUCAUUAACUAAAUAAAGAAAUAAAGAAGUUGUCAUACUUGGCAUUAUCCAAUGGGAGCAGAUAAAUUGGAAAUUUGUAUUAUGUUUGGUAACUCAUGGUAUGUGAUAGUAUUUCAUAUAAUUUAAAUUCAUUGGUAGAUGAGGGAAUAAGGCUAGAAUGGUACUGAGAGUGUUAUAAUUCUUCCUCUUUGUACAGAGUCCUUUGUAAUUUCACUAAAAUUGGCAGAUUUUUGCUUGUUCCAAAUUUUCUAUCAGAUAUAUUGAGAAGCACCCUCUUUACUACAGUUUUGGACAGUACAUUAGUUACUUUAUCAUGCCAGGUUAGAUAUUUAAUGGAAUGAAUAAACAACAGUGUCUUUUUCAGCUGAACACUUGGACAACUUGAAAGUGUAAAAUUAUUAAAAAUGUGAACAAGUUUAACAACAUGUUGUAAUUUCUCCUAUAUUCUUGAGAUUUUCUAACAAUGUAGUCAUUUUACUUCAGUUCAAUCAUGAUGUGGGCAAAGAAGUCUAAUAUUUGUUAGAACCACUAUAUCAUAUUUAAUAUUAAUGGGAUAUUUAUUGCAUAAAUGUUUUUUUAUAUUUAAGAUCUGUGAUAUUUUAUUGAGUCUGUAUACAUGUUAGUAAAGAAUAGUAAUGGUUGAUUAAUUAUUACAUUUAUAUUUAAAAUGGAUUCUGACAUUGUUAAACGAAAGAAUGUUCAGUACAAUCAACAGGCACAAAAGAAGUGUCGCAGAGACUGAAUAUCACAUAGAUUUCAAACCAAACUUAAUUUACAGUGCUUAAAGGAGCAAGGAAUUUGCAUUCCUUGAUUGUGCAUGGCACACUGUGAAGUGUGACAAGCUAUUGAGCCCAUGGGUGGCAGACAGAUGGGCAAUGUUUCAUUUCUUCAUAGAAUGAGCUAAUUUUCUAUUAUCUGGCAAUCCUGAAACAAAAAAGUUUCAUAAUUCUAGAUACUGAUGACAGAUUUCUGAAAAUGUAGUCAUAAUUUAACGAUUAUAUGGACUACCUAGUCACCACUGAUUUCCAGAGCAGUUCAUGAUUAUUUCUAACUAUUAUUCUUCCAAAGACCUAAAAAUGUUUCCAUUUCAGACAGUUUUAAUUUAAUACAGAUGAUGAUGAAGCCUGUUGCUUUAAACCUGUCAGGCUGCAGACUGCUUACAAAACUGGUGUAAAAUAUGAGUAUCCUUGAUAACAAAUUUGUUGGUGUUUGUGAUUCAGUUUCCUAGGGUAUUCUAGGUUCUUUUAGGUCUAACAUUAGGAACUCUUCAGCUUCUGUGAAAGAACCGAAACAUUGUCCAGAUGUAAUAAAGCAAUCAUUUACCUAUAUGCCACCCAAACAUUCAGAGAACUCAGAAAUUAGUUUUACCAGCAGGCCUAUCACUAUUGUUAAUAUAAUAUAAAAAUGUAUGGUUCAUUUUGUACUAUUGGGGACUCAUAACCAUUGAUGUCGUUUUAUUAGUGGCAGAAAACAAGUAGGUGGAGUUACAGUAUUUGCUUGGCAACACUUUUCUCCUGCAAGACAUACAGCACACCUCAGAUAUGGUCAUGGAUAUCAGACCAUAACAGUAAUGGGUUUCAUUUUGGGGAAGGUUGUCGGUUAAACAGUAUUCUGUUAAAUAUCAGAAGUGUACUUUCAUACAUAAUCUUUUAAAAUGAGUAUUAUUUACUUAUUAUUUUCAUAGCAUUAUUGGUAGAUAUUAUUAGUGCAUUCACUAUUAGGUAAUUAUCCAGUGUUCAGAGACAUGCCUGUGACAUAUCUGGUGCAAAGUGCCAUGAUACCAUUUGAAUAUUCAUGGGGCAUCAGAGUGAUAGAUCAAAAUUUUGCUGGUAAAGUAACAUUUUACAUGAAACUAACAUUGUACUGUGAGAUCUGAAGCUAUCAUAAGGGUGAGCAUGAAGAUUAUGGUUUUCUCAGAUGUGACAUUUUGUAAUUUUGGAGCAUGUAACAGGAUAGCAUCAAGAGUGAGGCAGUUGGUUUCAUACCCUUCUAUCAAUGAAAUGAAAUGAAACGAAAUAUGUAGCAUAUCUCAGAAAACUGUAAUCUUAACAUUACAUUGUUACUAACUUUUGUAUGCUAAUCCUGUAUUUAAAUACAUGUUAGAUUAAUAGUGUCAGAUAUCUGAAAACAAAGAGCUAGGUGCACAGAGCACACAUGUCUCCAUAUGCAGGAUGUACUAGUGACCCUUUCUUUGAUGUUGUGUAUAUAGUUGUGACAGACCAUUAUGUGUAAAUAUAAAAUAAGAAGAAACUUGCAUACCUCAGGACUAAUAACUACUGUGACAGUGUAUACAUAUCUUGAACAGCUUACAGCACAGCCAGGACAGACAAACAGAGAUAUUAUAAGGGCCUAGAAUCCUUAUAACAUAAUCAAUUGCAAGCUUUGGGGAACCCUAUUUAGGAGCAAAUAAUUGUUAUUUCCUCUUUUAUAACAAAAAGAAAAAUAUGGGGUUAAUUUUCAGAUUAGCAGGAUGCUUGGUCCUGGAUUGAGAAUCACUUGCAUAAGAUCUGGAAGUUUUAACCAGUCCAGUGAUAUCCAAAUGGUGUAUUUAACAUAAUUAACUUGAUUAUUGUUGAUUGAAAUGCUUCUGUGCAUACAACUACUGUAUAUAUCGAAUAGUGAUGGGGUUAAAAUAAAUAAUUAAAGUGAUAAAUAAGAAAAAAAAUCAAAAUAGAAAAUGAAGCUACAUACCUGACAAGGCUACAGUACAUUUGAAUGAUACUAAUAAUGUUGAUCUAAGCAGUGCUUGAAUUGGCAUGUGAGGAAGUGGGGUGCUAAUCCUCUUCUUAGCAGAGCACAAAACCAACAUACACUAUGGGUAUUCCAGACUACACCAACAAAUUUUGUACCAUACUUAUUCCUCCUCUGAAAGUCAGCAUAAUCAGUAUAGUGACUAAGCUAGGGACUGAAGGUUCAACUUCUGGCAGGGGCAAAGAUUUCUUUCUUCACCACAGUGUGAAGGCUGCUUAUGAGGCUCACUCACCCUUCCAUCCAAAGGAUAUAAGAGGUUCUUUCCCUGGUUUAGAACAGCCAGGGAGUGAAGCUGACCCACUCACCAAUGCUGAGAUUAAGAAUGCGUUGAGGUAUACCUCCAGUCCUUCAUAUGUGUUCAUGGUAUGAUGCUUAAUUUAGAACCUGUACCGUUAAUUAAAUUAUCCCCCCAUACUUCACAAGAAUAUGAUGUUGAAAAGGCCUCUACUGGCAUGCCAUUCCUACAGAGUUUCAUUACAUCUGACUAAUUUAUUAGAAGUUGUCAAAAGCAGAAUCGUAUGUCACAGUCUCCUUCAAGUCUGACCCCCCCUCUAGAGGGCCUCUUGAGACUGAAAAUGAAAACCAUCGAUCCUGGAGCCUACAGAACAGCCACAGAUAUACUGCCUUUUUUUUUAUAAAGAAAUGUAAUGAUAUCCGGUAUACUUUGCAAAAUUAAACUGUAACAAAACAACAAAAAUUGUUGCUUUUCUUUUCAAAUCUGUACACUUUUUGCAUCAUACCCUUCAAUUUUUCAAAUUUAAGGAUUUAAAAAAUUAUGAGUAUUAUCAUUUUCUAUCAACCUAAAACGAUUUUAUAUGUUUGUGUAUCCUUUUUGCAUCAUACCCUUCAGUUUUCCAGAUUCAAGGAUUUAAAAAAUUGUCAUUUUCUAUCAACCUAAAAAUAAUUUUAUGUCUCUAUAUUUAUGCAACAUUUCUCCUUGGCAUGUCAUUCAGUCUGGCUCUGGGGCCUCCUAUCCAAUAGGUAUGGGUUCUCUUUCCCCAGGUAUAUGGUCAAGGCAUGAAGCUGACCAUUCCCUUCCAACUACUGUUGAAGUCAUAAAACGUGGAUCUAUACAUUCACUCCUCCAUGUCUUUCUGGCAUAGUGCUUAAUUAGUUAAACACAGGAAUGACUUUACCUUUUUUUUAGCCUUCUUUCCUUAUUUUGAAAAAAUAAAAGUACGCUUAUUAGAUUGCCUUGCUGUGUUAUCCCUCCUAUCAGCUUUUGAAUGCCAGAACCACUGUAUGUGAAUGUCAGUAUGUAUGGUGCCUGAGCCCAUCUGAAUGGCAUACUUAAUAAAUCCCUCGCAUAAGUCUGUGCAUCUGUAUGUGUAUCCCCACUACUGUUGCCAGGCAGUGGCAUGGCAAGUCCGUUUCCAUGGCAACAAAUACACGAAACAAAGAAGAAUUUUUAGAUGUGUCAUUUUCUGUGCGGUCCAUGGGGUAUCAAAGAGAGUCUGUGGGUUUGUCUGUGUGCCCCCUUCCCCCUCAUAGCUAGGCAAUAGCUCAGUACAGACUUUUCUGUGCAAAAGAAUUGUUGGAGGCAUCAUUUUGUAUGCAGUGUGUGAUGUAUCAAACGAAAGUAAGCUAUUAGUUCUUCCCAGAACUUUUUGUUUACUUUCCAAACAGAACUUAAAAACUAUGUCUGCUGGUACCUUCAUUCUGGUGUCAGCCUCAAGGUGUAAAUAUACAGCACACCAGAGAUUAUGUGAUUUUAAUAAGUUUGCCAGUAGACAUCAUUUGCUGGUUUGUGUACUAGCAUGUACAGAUUAAAAAAAAGAAGCAGUGUGUAUGCCUUUCUGUCCACACACACAUGCGCACACACACAUGAAAAUAGUGUAUGUGAAGGGAAAAGAUCAUGUUCCAUGAAGAUUGUCAUGUGGGAAUUUUAGUUUUCACACUGGUUAAUAUUCACUUAAUAGUUUUGUAGGUAUUACACAAAGUGAAAUGGUAAACAUUAUCAAACUUCAGAAAACCUGAUGAGCAAACUGGCUCAGGGAGUAAUGCUUCUGACUUGUAUUCAGGUAGUGUCUAGUUUGAAUCUUGACAGGGCCAAAGACUACCAUGACUGAGGUAUUUUGUGGUUUUACUCAUGCAAACUGGAAUAGUACCUUAAAUUGGGCCAUGAAUACUUCCUUCCACAUCCUUGCUAAUUCAUUAUUCAUUUCAAUCCAGUCAUUCAGUGUAUAUAGUCCAAAGCACUGUUCAGUAAUUAACAAAUAGAUAUGAUUUGUUUCAUUCUGGUCCGUCACACUAACAAUUACAAAGACAAAACUCCGUCCAGUGUGACACGGCACAGCACACUCUAGAACAGUGAAAACAACACAGCACGCCAUGAACAAAUACAGGCCGAUACCAAGGUAAUCCUUAAUAUAAAUAUAUAUAUACACAUUAGGGUCACUGAAAUAAUACACUACCCAUAAUAUAUUUGCAGAAUCUCCUUCUAAAGAUAAACAGGCAGCACAAGUUCAGCCCCCGUCAAGAAAGACGAUAGGAGAAUGGACAUGAACCUACUUGAUUUAUAAAUUUUAAC